AUGGCCGAGCCAUACAGUCAGACAACACCAAAAACCCCCAAAUAUAUCAUGGAACGUGCUCUCUUGUACAAGGAAAAGGGCCAGUUUGGAAGAGCACUCGAAGGGUUCCAGAAAGUCCACCGGUCGUUUCCCACCGACUCUGGAAUCAUCAAGAACUUGGCCAGCGUAUAUGUCGAGCAGAAACGUCUCAACGAUGCCAUUAACUUGUACAUGCGAAUCUUGGACCAGAAUAUGAAAUCAGCGCCAAAACAGAAACUUUCGGUUCCCAAGUUUGGCUGGCCUGAACUCAACAUCCUCUGCGAAUUGUACAUCCAGCAACAUUCGUGGCGUAUCGGCAUCAAGGUCAUCAAGUUGGUUGCCCGAUGGAUCCAGGAUCGUACGGCUGAAACAUGGUGGGAUGAGGUUGACGAUGAUUCGGAAUUUGAUUCUCGUCGUUUUCCAAUUCUUGAUUCCCUUUCUGAACCACAGCGCAGUAUUGCUCGCCAGAAGCUAUAUGACAUCCCCGUGGAUAUUCGGUUCAAAAUAGGGUAUUUGCGGUUGGGACUCGAACAAAAGGAAGAGGCGCUCCGGCAUUUUGAGUUUCUCUUGGAUGAACAAGAUGAUAUUGCCGAUCUUUUCUUCGAAGCCGGAAAGAUCUUAGAAGCUCAUGGGUACCAUGAAGACGCUUUGGUGUAUCUCUCUCGCGUAUCAAUGGCUGACGAAAACGGACCAAAAGUGGUGAGUCUAUUGGGUAAAUGUUACCUUGAAAUAGGUGACUACAGCCUGGCAAUGCAGGCAUAUAGGUCGCUGUUAUCUGCUGACCCUGAUAAUAUUGAUGCCAAGCUAGCGUUGGCCGAGGCUCUUUAUCAUUUGGGUGAAGUUGAUGAAUCCUUACAGCUUCUUAGGGACGUAUCUACAGUCCGAGAUACUGGGGUGCUCCAGAAAGCUCCCGAGGACUCCAAUACCGAGCCCAUGGAAGUGGAUGUCGAGGAAAAUCUUUCCCUCAUUAAGAGCAAGCAGCUCAUGAGGACCAGUCGCAGUGCCAAGUUGAGCGACGAAGAAAAGAUGGAGUUAGAAGACAGCGCCAAGAGAAAGGUUUUGGAAAAGUAUCGCAGAAUGCAACGGCUUGAAGCCGCCAAUGAUGAAGUUGCGAUAGCAGCAUGGAUUCAAUUGGCGUCUCAGUUGGUGGAGAUGUUUGUCAAUGUGCGCAGUUUCUUCCCUAGAGACAAAAAUCGUGCCUUCAAAGGUAUUGUGUUGUACAGGCGCAAGAAGCAGAUGGGACUUGACGAGAAAUUGGCUAGGGUGUACAACCUCUAUGACGGGAUUGUGAGCGACGAGAGUUAUGCACGGCUGUUUUUGACGUCUACCACAGAAUAUCGCGGACUUAGUUAUGACGACUGGUUCAAGAUAUUUGUGCAAUAUGCUAUUCUUCUAGCCAAAUAUGACAAGAACUACGAGGAUGCGAGCCAGGUAAUUGAGGUCGCUAUGGAAGUGAGUGUGUUCAUUCAGGACAAGACAAAAGAGACGACACUCAAAAUGGUUUCGUUGAUAUUUGGCGUGCUUCGUGGAGAUUCCGGCAACUCUGUCAUGACAAACGUUCGAUACUUUUUGACUGCUAACCAGUUCUCUCACUACAUCUACAAGUUUUUCAUGUGUUGCUUUUCGUCAGGCGUGGAAGCUUGGGAAACAUUCACCAACUACAACCAUCAGAAAUUCUUCUUGAGACAGUUGAAGACAUAUGACUCGAUCAUCACCAAGAAAAAGAUCACUGGAAUGGCUACCAUAUCGGCAGAUUUAAGCGGUACUAAUUUCUCCAGAGAGCACCUCGAAUUGCUCUACGUCUACGCAAAUUUGCUUGGAGGCACCCGAAGCUACGUUUCGUCGAUUGUCUACCUCAACCGAGCCUACAAGGAGUAUAACCAGGACCCAAUGGUGUGUUUAGUGCUAGGACUCGCACAUGUACAUCGAGCUAUGCAAAGGCUUAGUACUAACAGACACAUUCAAAUACUUCAAGGUUUGAGUUAUCUACUUGAGUACCAGCAGCUCAAGGAGAAAAGCUCCACGGUCUACGACGUUCAGGAGAUCAACUACAACUUCGGACGACUUUUCCACAUGUUGGGAUUAUUAUCGGAAGCCGUCGAGUUUUACGAGAAAGUGUUGAAGAUGCACAAACAAAUUGACGAUAAAAAUUAUGAUUUGCUGGUCGAGGCUGCGUACAAUCUAUCGUUGAUCUACAAUAUCAAUGGCAAUUCCAAGUUGGCCAGUGAUUUGAUUGAAAAGUACUUGACCAUAUAA